CUAAGCUGUCUGUCAACUUAUCUGUCUUUCUACAUCAACGAUCCGCGCAUAUUUCCUCCUGAUAUAAUAAAUCAACUGUAACAUCAUCAUGGAUAACAUCCUCGCUCCCAUCCAGGAUGCCUUCGAAGGUCAAAUAGACUUUCAAGGCCAGCGCAUCACUGAGAUUCUUUCUACGGUUUUAUUGAUUAUUACAGGCGCCAUUGCGUUCGUUGCCGGUUACAUCUACCAGGAUAUUCACCUUACGCUUUGGGCUGGUCUGGCAGGUACCGUGGUGACCGGGUUGGCGGUCAUUCCUCCUUGGCCUAUGUACAAUAAGAACCCCGUGAAAUGGCACGUCCCGCUGGCGAGUGGCUCUCGCGGGGCAGGAGUGGUGGUAGACGGGGUGAGAGUUGCAUGAGAUGCGGAUCGGAUCAUUUGUCCCAAUUAUCCAAAGAAUGAAACUCUGCGCGGGAAGCACUACCCCAGUCCGUUUUCAUCUA